AAACGUGCGUGACGUCAUUCAUUUUAGUGAAAGAACGUCAUUACUUUAAGAUUUUCUUAGAUUUCUUAAAAAAGUGUUAUUUCAAGGCAUUAAAUAUAAACUAGAACGUUCAUUAUUAAUUGAUUACUAAUAACGGAGUAACUCAAAGACUCUGUGCUAUAUUGUCCAAUAUGCCAAAACGCGGAGGUGGACGUGGUAAUUCCAGAAAUUUAAAGCCGUCUUAUGACCAUUUUGAACAUGAUGAUAGAGGUCAUUCCAACAACACAAGGCGUGUUAGUUUUAAACCCGGCUAUUUCAAAGGAAAGAAUAAGUCCCGUAUUUGGAAUGAUGCAAAAUUAUUGCUUGAUGAUGACAUUGAUAUGUCUGGAGGACCUGUCCAUGGUCAAGGUCAAGGCCGAAAAGGAGUGUUCAGAGGUCGAGGAGGUAAACGGAUGACGACACCUGGAUCUGGUCCUCCGAGAGGACAUGGUAUGCCUAAGAAAAAAUUCAUAGCAGGUCUAUUGCCAUGGUACCAAAUUAUUAUACCAUAUGGAGCGAAGCACGAAAAAGAUGUUGUUUUGAAAGCGUUACUAAGCUACAUUUCACCGGAGAUCUUCAUCCCACACUAUUAUAAAGUGAAUGGGAACUCUGCAGUAUUUUAUGUGGAUGAUGUAAAAAUUGCUGAGAAGCUGUAUUAUGCAGACAGAAAGAUCAUUAUGAAUGAUGGCUUCAAAUUGGUGGUGAUUGUUCGUAAUGUUGCACCAACUGUGACGAUUGAUGCUGAAAUGAAGGAGAAAAUGAAGACCGCUAUGGUGAAGAGAUACAAUGCUGCAACUAAAGCUCUAGAUUUAACAAAAUUCCAUGCAGACCCAGAACUACAAGAUGUAUUCUGUGCACUUUUCCGGCCAAUGAUUAUGUUGGCAGUGGUGGAUAUUAUUGCUGAGCACAUUCCAGACCUCGAGGCCCUAAACCUGAACGAUAACAAGCUUCAUGGCACAGAACAUUUGAAGGUUCUAGCUACAAAGUUCAAGCACCUCAAAAUUUUGUAUAUGGGAGACAAUAGGAUACCAUCAGUUGGAUCGCUAGACCCACUGAAAGCCCUGCCCUUAGUGGAGCUGUACCUUAAGGGGAAUCCCCUUGUGAACAGGUUUAACGACCAUGAAGUCUACAUCAGCGACGUUCGGAAGAGGUUCUCGAAGCUGCUGAGACUAGACGGCGUGGACUUGCCUCCCGCGAUCGGCUUCGACGUCACAGAAAAUGUCACUCUCCCUCCGCGACAACAGUCGUUCCUCUCUGAUCCUUCCGGACAGGAGUUGGUCCGCCAGUUCCUUACUCAGUACUACGCGAUAUACGACUCAGAGUCCCGACAGCCAUUGUUGGAAGCCUACCAUGAACACGCGACUAUGUCUAUGGCAGCCAACUACCUGUCUAAUGAUAAUAGAAACUCUCCAAACACUAGACUGAACGCAUACUUAUCGAGCAGUCGUAACAUAAUAAGAGUAUCGGAGAGAGAAUCAAGAAGACGAUACUUGAAGAACGGCAGACUGCAAGUCGUCUCGUUCCUCUCAGACCUACCCAAGACCACGCACGAUCUAAUGGGAUUCGCUGUUGAUUUACUGGUUUUUACGCCAACAAUGAUAGUGCUAUCAAUGAACGGCGUGUUCAAAGAGACGACGACCGCCGGCAGCCCGAUGCGUUCGUUCCACAGAACAUUCGUGAUCGUGCCCAACUCCGGCGGCGGGUUCUGCGUCAUCAACGACAUGCUGUACAUCACCAACACCGCCGAUGAACAGGAAGAGAAAGCGUUUUCAUCGGGCGCCCCCGCGGCCCAGCCGCCGCCGGCCGCCGCGGCCCCCUCCCCCUCCUCCGCCUCCCCCUCCCCCUGCCCCUCCGCCGUCGCCGGCGCAGCGCCCGCCGGCGACGCACAGAACGUGAUGCUCAACAUGCUGAGCCAGCAGACUGGCAUGAACCACCAUUGGAGCAUCAACUGCUUACAAGAAACGGGAUGGGAUUUCCAGCGAGCGUUGUUUAUCUUCAACCAACUGCAGACAGAAGGGAAAAUACCGCCGGAGGCGUUCGUCAAAUGAUCCCACAAUGCACCGUAAGCUGUGUAAAUAUUGUGUAAGAUUAUUUUUAAAAAAGUUUCGUUGUACAGAAGAAGAUUUGAAGAUUUUUCGUAAAAUUGUUAUUGAGUGAUCAAUGAUUGAAGAUCUUCGAUGUUGAAGAAGAAAUAAAAUAAUUCUAAGUCUGAGAAUGAUUUCUGGAUUGAAAGUGAAAUGUCUAGUAGAAAGUUAUGGAAGAUAGUAGAGAUCGUCAUAAAAACAAGGAAUGUUGACAAAGUCAUGAAUCUUCGAUAAUACUGAAAUAUAAAAUGGUAAAAUUGAAGAAAAUAUUGAUUAUUUGUACGUGAAUAAACUUAUGGCUGAAUGAAUAACAUAUAAAGAAAACAUUAAUAAAAUUAUAAUGUUUAUCUAUAGAAGACGUGAUGACCGGAAGAUGAAAGAAGAAAACUUAUAACCUAUAUAUUAUACUGAUUUAUAUAAUUUCUUAAGUAUACUAAUUUUCUAAAGUUUUCCUUCAAAAAUAAGCAACAAAUUUAUACAGUUGAAUAUUAAACUAAUCUUUGUUUAUAAGAAAAAACAACUAACAAUUGUAUAAAGUUUAAACUGUGUGAUAUUAUUCUAAUUACAACUUGUAUAGUAUAUAUACUAUAUACUCCAUAUCCCCCAUAUGUGUGGAAUUAGAAAAUUAGAUAAAAACUCCAUUUAAAGUUGUAGACUUGUUCUAAGUUGAGUUGACGCCCCCUCUCUACAGUACGCGUAUUCGUAUAGUAUACUUUUGUACAUAAAGUGCGAGAGUAGGGCGCGUCAUUCCAACGCUAUAUUCGCACCAUGAAAACAAUUUAAACCUACAUUUUCUUACUUUUGAUUGGUGUAUUUAUCAGUAGAUAAUAAAAAAAAUGUACCGUAACGUUUGGGCAUAAGUUUCAAUAUUCAGAGGCAAAUUGUAUCUAUUGCCAUUCAAAAUUUGCUCUAAUCCGUGUAAAAAUUACCGCAAACAGAAGCUAGAUAGUUAAAAAGACGCGUUUGACAUUUCUUUUUCGAAAUUAUUUAAUAACAAUUAUUAUAUAGGAUAUUUACGGUAUUCACAAAGCCUUUAUGAAUUAUAUUUACAUUAUAAUUCUAAAAAGAAAUAUCAAAUGCAUGUUUUCAGCUAUCGAGGAGAGCAUAAUAACGAUUUUUUAAUUGCAUUUAAACAUGUGACCUAUUUCAAUCGCUCAAAAAUGUGUAUCCUAUUAUAUCUUAUCUCGAUAGUGUACAAGUAUAUUUAUGAUCUCUGAACAGAUAUUUUCUACGCGAAGCUAAACUGACCUGAUGAGGGCUAACGUGUGGUGUAGAGCAAGGUCCGUGUAAAAGGCAAAAGAAAUAAAUUUAAACACACUUGUUUUGCAUAAUGAACGAGACAUCACUCGCCUGUGGCGUCAAUUAGCAAGCGAAGAACGAUAACCCUCAUUGACAGUACUUGUCAAUCCGCCAUCUUUAUUAAUCCGACCAAUUACCAUCGCAGACCGAUUAAGUGGCGGUUUGACAGUAGUUUUUAUACGUUGCUUUACUGUUAAUGACAUUUGACAUUGGAGCAAGAAGAGAAGUGUUAAUAUUUGAUCAAUUGGAAUUUUGCCAUGCUGUCGUUCAAAAAGAUAGAUGUUUUGUUUUUAAAAACCUAUUUAUAUUUCCAAAUUAUCGAAAAAAAAAACACGAUUGUCGCCUCGAUCCUUUUAAUAUGAAUUUAUAAAAAUAAAAAUAAGAAAAAACAACAACUAAUAUUGAUCACAUAUAACGAAGUCUCUUUGUAUGUUAGAUAAAGAGUUUUGUUAAUAUUUUCGCUGUUGUUUGAUGUAUGUAUCUUGGAUCGUUAUUACUUAUUAGUUUUUACGAUUUGGCUGUUUCUAAUAAAAUAACUUUAUUUACAUAAUAUUAUGUAAAAUAAUUUUUCAAAUGCAAAUUCUUGUAUUUACUAGUUUUGUUAAUUUAGUUUAAAUUAUAUUAAGGUUUAAAUGAUAAUUACCGUAUCUUUAGACUAUAUUUUGGCUUUUAUAUAGAUUUGGUUGGAAAAAACUAAUAUUUUGUGUGUUUAGGGAAUAACAUUGUAUAGUUUAGCUUUAUUACUUUUCGCGCUAAAGUCAAGCGCUUACGUAAUUUGAAGAUUGUAAAAUAACAAAGUCUCGGUUCCUUUAAAAAAAUAUGAGUAAAUUAUCUAUGACAAAAAAAAAUUUAAAUAUUUUUUCAUUAUGGGUUUUCGACACGCUCGGCCAAACAAUCGGUGUGUUCAUAUUUCGGCAGUGGCGCUGGUGUCGCAUUAUAACACGGCCAUGUUGAGAAAUUCGGCCGUUGGUUGUAGCCUGAACAUGACGGCGGAACCCCUUGGAGGCACCCUAGCGGUGGAGCCCUUGUGGGCUAGUCGUCGGGUACCAGGGCUCACCAAAUCUGAAGCCAAUGAGAACUGCCAUUUUCUGAACUGAACCAACAUGUAAAGCCGAAGCGGUCGGGGAGGUGCGUAGGGCCCCAAUUAGUUAAGACUUAUAAUUAAAAUGAAUGAUGAAUACAAGUUUCUGUUUAUAUUGA